AUGACUGUUCACCGACCUCUCCAGAACGCAAAACGCGCGCGUGGCCGACCACCGAAUGCCGGCCCUCUCCAAACGCAGAUAAUCGUGGACAACGUGGGCGAAUACAGAUCGCUGAAGGCCAGACGCGCACCUCAAAGUGACAUCUCUGUGGCCGUGAACAAGAUGUCUAGACAACUCAUACAACAAUUCGGCUGGGAUAGCCCCCUACGUGCAUCUGGAGUGGUCGAGCGCGGAGAGCACGACGACUCAACACCGGAAGAAGGCCAACAGAAGCGCAAGGACGAGACGCUCAAGAAGGUUAGAAAGGAAGUCAUGAAGAUCUGGAGAAAGACCCUCACGAUUGAGGCGGAGCCGUCGAUACAAGGCUCACCGCAACUCAUAGAUUUGAUCAAGACUUUCGCCUCCAAACCACGCCGGAGGCAGGAUUACAAGAUAUGGGCCAAGUCGAAGCCGCGUCCCGCUCUCGAAAAGGAGGUGGACUCACGUCAUGCAGCCGCGUUGGAGAGCAUAGAGCCAGGUUCUACGCCGCCACCGCGGGUAUCGAUAUGGAACACAGUCGCAUCGGAGUGGUAUAAGCUGGCGGGACCGAAGGAUAAGAAGGUAACUCGCAAGCAAGCCAGACGUAUUCAUCGACGGGCCAUGAAAGAAUGGGAGGCGAGCGCUUCCACAAUGCCUCAGUCGCCCGAGGAAGCGAUCCGGUUUAUGGAGCGUUCCCAGACGUUCUUAGGCGAUCUCAUGCAUUUCUUUGCCAAUCGCAUAUCCGGAAUAGCGAUCGUGUUUCUCAGUGGACCUGAGGGGUCAAGUUUGAUAUCUGAAGGCGUCUGCAACAUAGCUGACAUGCCGAAAGUAAUGCAUACCGAGGCGAACCCGUGGGGUACGAAACGCUUCCAACACGACUUGGCGACGCAAGCGCAAACACUGAACAAUGCUAAAUGGGGCGUAACGUCAGCCUCGAACUUGUCUGGAGCUGGAGAUUGGGUGGAGAAUGGCGGCGAAGACCAAUAUGAGGCGAGAGGGGGUCAGAUCGAGGCCUUUCAAGUGGGUGAUGGGGUGCGCGAACUGGAGACAGAGAAGGAACUCAGUGGCGGAGAAGAGGAAGACCGGGAUGACAACGGUGAUGAAGCUGAGAGCAGUGAAGACUUGAGUGCCGACGAAGCUGCCGACGUUGACGCCGUUCGCGGCGUCGAGUUCGUUCUACCCUCUCGACCCUUGCAUGAGGAUGCAAUACCGUCGCGUCCUGUUCGUGCCCCAGCAUCAGAGCAAACAACGUCGCAGGCCCUCGUUCUCUCCGGCCGCGAAAGUCAAGACUCCACAGUCGUUCACUCUGCCAAUCUUGCGGUUGAGAUGCAACCAGGGCGUCUCGCGGCCAUGUCGUCUGCGUUUGGAUCUCAAUAUCAUCGUCGCGAGCAGACGGCAGAGGACCUGAAUGAAAGCCCAGUUGAGUAUAAUCGUGCCUUUCGUGCUUUAAUCGCGAAGAUCCUGCCGCGAAAGGUGUGGUUGGAGGAGUCCAAUACUGUCAACUUUCUCAAGGCAGUACCACCCAAACUAUCUGGUCGGGUAAGCACGAGCUCAGCAUGCAAGCUCAGCCUCGCCUACUUGUCUUAUGAGCAAAGCAAAGCGGAGGAGCUGGCAUUGGUGAUGAAGACAAUGGGUGCAUCCGCCGUACCGACCCCGGUCUAUACGAAUACGCUGUACCAACGGGGUUUUACGUCGCGUUGGAAUGGAAGAGCGGACAGCGUUGAGACCAGGACUCCAGCCAAGCUAGACGCAGACGUGAACGUGACUUUACCACGCCAAUGGGCGCUGCUUCAGCCGGCGGAGCGCCUCGAUAUGCAAGGGUGCAUAUGUGUUGCGCCAAAUGUCGAUAUGGACUGGCGUAACGUUCUUGCCCCUGGUCUAGAAGGCAUACGCCUUCUCGUUGUGACGACUUUGGUGUGGGCCUACAACAUCAAAGACGACGAGCUGACUGAAUGGUCGAGCCUGGCCACAGACAUGAUCCAAGUUCUCGGUGUCUUACUCGAACAGGAAUGUCUACGAGCAGCUACUAGCGCUACAGCAAACCUCAGCGAUGAGGAUGAUGGGCUUAGACCUAAGAAGUCAGCGCGUACAUGGAAGAAGAGCGCUAAGCUACGGGAGAUGGAAAGUCGCAGUGUCAGUUGA